AAAAAAAAGCUCCACCACAUUCCACACGAUUGUUUUAUGCUAUCUUCAUGCUUGCGGCUGUUUCUCGACUUGAUGCCAUAUUGUGCCCGUUGAUGCCUCGUCCUAUGCCGUUUACACCAUGUGCUUGUUGUGAUCGAUCCUUCGUUGUCUGGUUUUGAUUACUCAUCACCCCUUACAUGCGCCCGAUCAUUGUUCUAGAUGGCCAUGACCCUGCUUUCGCUAUAGCCUUAGCAAUCAUGAGAGCUUUAAAUGCGCUCAUUUAUCGCUUCACGUCUGUCCAGGGCGCCUUUCAUAAAUUCAUGUGGACAGGUUUGGGGUCACGUGAGGCUGCAAUGUGGCGAGGCAACUUGACACAGGAUUAACGUUUUCGUAAAUAGCUGUGUCGGGAACGGAGCUGACGGUGUUUUGAGAGUAAGGUGGCUGACGGGAACUUGACGUGAUGGGGAUUUCAUGAGGAUGGGAAA